UUACAAUUUUCUUCAUUACAGUCAUUGCAUAACCGCCCAAAAGAAAACAUACAACACUCAAAAUGGUUUUGCCCGAAGGUCUUGCCAAGAACAUGGAAAAAUUCCAAGCCAAGAGCACCCUGCCCGUUUUCUUGAAGGGUGGCCCAGCCGAUAAGGCCUUGUUUGGCCUUACCGUUGGCCUCUGCGGUGUUGGUCUUUUGGGUAUUUUACAUAUGGUCUACAGCUUGGGUUUCGCCAAGAAGUCGAGUUAA